AUGUCAAUUUACAUACUAUCGAAAUGCAAAAAGGUCUCAAAAAAUUAUAAUCUAUAUUGCUUGAAUUUUAUAAGACGAAUAUCCGACUCAGUAGUGUUUACAGCAGUUGAUAGAUCACCUUCAAUUCCAAUACGUGAAACUAAUAUAUUAACCCAAGGUAAAUUAAGAGUACAACUACUCAAAAGUCCAUCACACUUAGGUCAUGCAACUAGCAGAAUUAAUCGACCUUAUAAUGAAGAUAAAUAUAGUGCAAAAGUUUUAAAAAUAAAAGAUAAAGAGAUAUUAAAUUUUAACAUAUUUGAUGGACAUGGUGGCGAUCAAUGUAGUGAAUUUUUGACUAAGAACUUAGCUGAAAAUGUUGAAAAUGGAGAUUCGUUAGUUAAAACAAAAAAGGCGAGGGAAGACCUUAUCAAGAAAUAUGUUAAAAAUGUGGGGGGAUAUUGGAGAAGAUGGUCAAAACAUAGAGAGAAGACAUUUGAGUCAUGGCAGAACAAUUACCUAAAACUAACAAAUUUCAAAGAAGAAUGUGAACAAGAUGAUCUAAAUUUCAGAAUUCCCUUAACUUUUUUAAAAACUGACUAUGAUUUUUUCCAAGAUGAAACAAAAUCAGGAUCAACGUGUACAUCAGUUUUUUUACAAACUAUAUAUUGUAAUUCUCAGAAAAAGUUCCAACCAUUUUAUGAAAAUUAUUAUUUUAAUAGGAAUACUAUUUCAAAAUUAACAAUAGCACAUUUGGGAGAUACAAGAGCAAUAUUAGUUGACAAGAAUGGGUUAGCUAAUGGAAUAACUGAAGAUCAUCAUCCUUCAAAUCCCAUGGAGAGUACAAGAUUAAGAAGAUACGCUGCAAAUUUCUUUAUGACUGAUUCAUUUGGAGAAGAAAGAUUUAUAGCUUUAGCCAAUACAAGAUCAUUUGGGGAUAUAGAUUACAAAGAAGUCGGAGUAACAGCAGAACCAGAUAUAAUACAACUCGUAGUUGGAGAUUCAACAGAGAUAUCAAAACAAUUAACACCAGAAGAAAUCAAAAAACACACAAUAGGAGGAUUAGGAGGUGAUGAAUUAUUUUUAAUAUUAUGCACAGAUGGAGUAACAAAUAUUCUAACAGAUCAAGAAAUAGCAGAUAUAAUAAUGACCCAACAAAAGAGAUUAGGUUCGAAAGCAAAUCCACAAUUUUGUGCUCAGGAAGUGAUUAAAUUUGUUGAAUUUGUAGGUGGAGAUGAUAAUGCCACUAUUUUAAUUAUACGUUUAAAUGGAUGGGGUAAUUGGCCUAAUAUUGAUAGAACUGGAGAGUUGAGACAAAGUAGAUUAGAUGAUUUUAAUCCAAGACGUGGUGGGAGUGGAUAA